AUGUUAAGUGUGUUCCUUGUGAGAAAAAAGAGUGCUACGAUUCGAGAACUCCUCGACACAUACAACAUCUCAGAGGAGAGCAUCGAAGAAUUCGAAAAAGUAACGCCGGACAUCCUUCCUUACAUUCAUGAUGAACACGUUAAAAAAUUACUGAAGAAUGCGGGAGACGAAAUUCGUGUUGAAUUAGUGAAGAAAUCGUUUGCAGCAUUGACGCCUAGAACGAAUGCUGAUAGCGCUCCGGAACCUCACAGUCCGCUGAGAAACCUGCAACAUCGCAGGACACGAAAAGCCGGAGAAGAUUGCUGUGUGACGACAACGUACAGCAGCCGACGAAGAAGCCGAAGGGCCACGAUGCCGAAGACGACAAUGAAUAGGACGAGUGUAUCAUCGUGGAAAAAACAAAGAAAGGUAGUCAGUUACAAAGGGACGGAUUAUAGUUAAGUACCAGACAGUGCGAAGACAUCUUAUCAACGCGGGAACCAUCUCUAAGCACACAAAAAAAUCCGAAGAAUUCUUUGACGAAGAAGACGAUACUGGUGCCUGUAUUUACUUUUGAUGGCGCGAUUCCGUUUUUUU